AUGCGGAAACGGAGGGAUGGGAAAGCGGAGGGAAGUGCGUUGGUCUGCGGCGAGGAGGACACGCGGGACCGUGGCUAUAAAGGAGCGACGAAGCGGCGCCUCGGAGAUCUGGAGCGAGCGCGUCACCUGAAGCAGACAAUGAGCGGUGUUCAGAAAGGAAAGCGAGCGGCGGUGAGGUGUGCGACCUGUGGCGCCUCGUUCAGCCGGGGGUGGAAGCUGAAGGAGCACGAGGCUGCGCACACCGGACAGCGUCCGGUGCUGUGCCCCGUCAGCGGGUGCGGCCGUCGCUUCACCAGAAGUUCCCACCUGAGGCAACACGCGCUGCAGCACACCGGGGUGAAGACGUUCAGGUGUCAGACGCCUGGUUGCGCCUCUGGUUUCAGCAAUGCCGGGCAACUGAAGAGACACGUGGGCAUGACUCACAGAGACAAGACUCAAUACUUCAAGUGUCUGCAGCCAAAGUGCUCCUUGACUUUUAAGAAGCGCCGCUUGCUGAAGCUCCAUCUGAAGGAACAUGGAGUGACACCGAAAUUCAAGUGUUCAAAGGAUGGAUGCCUGUCUGUGUUCCCCUCCCAUGUCGCCCGUCAUGCCCAUGAAAAGAAGCAUGCUGGUUACCGCUGCCAAAUGGCCGACUGCUCCUUUAUUGAGCAUAGUUGGAGUAAACUUCAGAGACACAUGGCCCAACACACAGUUUCAUAUGUUUGCAAAACCUGCAAAAAAGAGUUCAAGAAGGAGGAUGCUCUGCGCCGGCACAGACGGGCGCACGCGUCUCAUAAACCCGUCCUGGUGUGUCCCAGAGAGGGCUGCCAGGCUUACUUCUCCACCACCUUCAAUCUGCAGCAUCACAUCCGCAAGGUUCACCUGGAGCUCCUCAAGUAUCGGUGCUCCUUCCCUGACUGUCCGCGGGAGUUCGCCAUGCGUGAGAGCAUGACCAGGCACCUGCUUCACCAUGACCCCAGCAGCGGCCCGUUAAAGAAACAAAAGCGCUCCAAGAAGGCCUGGCAUAAACGCCUUGAUGGGCAUCAGCUUCCCUUGGUGGAGGGCAACCUGCAUCACCUCUUCGCACUGCGCAUGAGGAUCUCGCGUCGCGCCAAAGUGGAGACCACCCUCUCGGGCCUCUUCAACGAGCGGAAGAUCCCCCAUUACGUGGACCCUGAGGUGGACCUGCGCCUCCUGUUCGCCAGAAAGUCCCAGGGAUCUUUUGAGGGCAGACCUGCGACUCCGGUCCUGACAAGUUGA